AUGGAACCUUCUGCAGCCCAAAUGGAUGAGGAGGAGGAAGAGCUGAUGGAUAUUGUGGCUGCCAGAAGUCAGGGGGGCAAUAGAGAGGCGGAGUUCAGUAAGCUGGAAAUUUUGGAAUCGGAAGCGCAACAGAGAGAAGAAGACGAGCAAUCGAAGCGAGCCCAAAUGGGGAGGUCAUUCCAGUCAUCGCAACAUCAUCCCAGCAAAACAGGCGACAACCCCAUGAGAGAGGAAAUCAAAGAAGAAGAAAAAGAAGAAGAUACCUUUAUUUUGCAGGUCGUACAGGAGCAAAUAAAGAAUCAUGGUCAAGAUACCACCAGCAAAACGCUGUCAGCUGAAGCCGGCUGUCCCAGCACAGCAGGCGACAACUCCACGGGAAAGGAAACCAGAGCAGAAGAAACUUGGCUAGUACAGGAUGAGCUUGGUUUUCCGCAACCAAGGUUGGCUCGUGGGCAAAAUCAGGCAAAUCAAGCUACCAUGCGUCCAGGAGCAUACACAGCGGUCCCUGGGACUGAUCUCCACAGAACCACGACACUCAGUCGCUCAUUGGUGGGAGCUACUUCUUCUUCUCAUGUUGAAGAGCUUACAUCAAAUGCAAUCGCAAGGAAUCAAAGUACAGCAGAUGGCCAAGCCACCACUCCAACGGACAAUAUUAAUGGAUUGGUGGUGGCGAACCAGGUUGAAGAAAAUGAAGAACCCACACAGAUUGCUAGACCCGACCAUUUGCAUGGGGAGAACAAAUCAACCUCAAUGACUCUUAUGAUCCUUGUGCUCAUUGGUAGCAUUCUCAUUGUUGGAGUGAUUGUUGGUUCCAUCUGUGGGGCUGGUCUCUGCAGCAACAAGGAAGGUGAUGCCCCCACUUCUUUUCGAUACAUUGUUUUGGAGGACAUUCAAAACAUAAUCGAACAGACUUUUGGACCUGACUAUUUUCCCAAAAAUGAUGAGCCAGAACCCACCCAGCCAAAGUUCAAGGCUCUUGAUUGGAUCGUGUUUGAGGAUCCUCUGCAGCUCAACCCAGAUGCCAACAAUCUUCUACAGAGGUUCAUCUUGUCAUUAACAUCCUUUCAAACAUCCCGGGAGAGUGAUUGGCUUGCCUGUGGACCAUCUAAAACUGCAAACGAUGAAACAUGUUGGAUUCAAAUCCAAGGUUCGGAUUCAUUGGCAAGCAGGUGGCUCACAGGUGUCCAUGAAUGUCAAUGGGCAGGAAUUUUUUGUGACGGAGAGAAUCGCAUUACUCAGUUGCGGCUCAGGAACAAUGGAUUGAACGGCCCCCUGCCCGCAGAACUUGCAAGUCUUCUAGCACUGGAAUCAAUAGACUUCCUUGGGAACCAACUGACAGGAAGUAUUCCUGUGGAAUUGUUUGGAUCCCCACUUUCCAAAAUACUUCUGACAAACAAUUCACUAACCGGGACAGUGCCCACAGAAGUUGGACUCUUUGAUGGGGUCGCACUUGGAUUCGGAUCAAACAGCCUGUCUGGUUCCAUUCCUACAGAGCUCUUUCAUGCUGGCAAAAGAAUCCGCUCUUUUUAUUUUUAUGACAAUAAGCUUACAGGAACUCUACCCACUGAAAUUGGAGCAUUGCAUGGAAUUUUUCGAGCCGUCGUCUAUUUGGAAGGGAACCCUUUACACGGAACCAUCCCAUCCGAAAUAGGACUUCUGCAAGGCUCUCUCGCAGAACUUUAUAUCAGUGGAACUCAUAUGGAUGGCAGCAUACCAGAGGAACUCUUUACAGAAUGUACCAACUUAGCUGCUUUUCGGGUCUCCAACUGUGGCUUCGCUGGCACCAUAAGCACUGGACUGCAGCUUUUGACAAAGCUAGAACUCUUUGACAUUUCCAACAACAAGUUCCAUGGCACCAUCCCAGCACAGCUUUCUGCUCUGACAAAGCUAACUCAGUUUAUUGUGAAUGGGAAUGACCUUUCUGGUUCCAUUCCAUCAUCUGUCUGUGCUUUGGCUGACCCCACAAAGUGGAGAUUUCAAGUGGCAGCUGACUGUUUACCAAGGGGCGGCACAGGCGAUCCCAUGCCUGGUAGCUGA